AUGGCGUCAUUAAUGGACGACAUAUUAUCACCGUCGAACGCUGAAAGAGCUUUAAAAAUACUAGCAUUGGCGGCUAGAGGCGUGAGUAGAGGAAAUCCUAUGCCAAAUAUUCCAAACUUCGACGAAGUUCCCACGCCAAGAUACUCUGUUCAGCCAAAAGCUAAAUUAUUAGCGGAGUUGCUGCAACCGCGUAGGCCAAUUCCACGCCAAGUCCCUGUUGAAGCGGUGCAAGCACCGAGAGAAAUUUACCAGCCAGUUGUAACGGAACAAAUAUACCCUAGCGUGCCAAUCCCGCAACCUUGUGCGGUGCAACCGCCAAUAGUGAGGGCCGUGCCAGAAGUUUAUCGGGCCGUGCCAGAAGUGUACACGGCAGCGCCACAGCGAUUAAUAAGCCCGUUUCUUCCUGCGGCGUCACCAGUUUCUGCUAUUGCACCGCCAACUUCCAGUUUGCUCCCACCAAUGGAUCCAACACAAGUAAAAGCGUUCAUACCCGUGUCUUCACCAGUUUCAGUCGCUUCCUCGUCUACACAAGUAAAGCCAAGUUUAUGCCAGUCGGCUAUUACCACUCUACCAGACAGACCAUUACCAGUUAAUGUUGGAAGUCCUUUACCCACUACAAUUGCGCCGCGACCUGUCACGCCUUUACCAGCUAUAGCACCUUUACCAAGUUACUCUGAAUUACCACGGCCAGUCAAUUUAAUAUCUACGUCAACAGCAAUUACGCCAAGGCCGAUAUUGCCUCCGCCAGUCAUCGCACCACGACCAGUUGUACCGCCACCAAUUAUUUCUGAAAUACCAUUGCCAGUCAAUUUAGCAGCUCCACUUUUCCCUACGAUAUCACCGAGACCGAUAGUGCCUCCGCCAGCUGUCACUCCGUUACCAUUUGUUGUACCGCCGCCAAUUAUCCCUGAAAUACCAUUGUCAGCUCCAUUACUGCCUGUAAUUGCACCGAGACCGGUAGCACCUCUGCCAGUAGUUGCACCACGACCAGUUGUUGUACCACCGCCAAUUGUACCUGAAGUGACAGUGCCAGUCGGCUUGGCGGCACCGCUGCCUCCAGUUUUUACGCCACCUUGUACCGUGCCAGUUGCGCCUCUUCCUUUAGCGGUCUCUACAGAAUACUAUGAGUACUCAAAGAGAGUGAAAAAGUCUUACACAAGCCCGAAAACAGAAUUUGCCACAUCAGUGAUAACCGUUUCGGAUCAGUACCAACAAAACUCAUAUUCUACAACAGCAAAGGAUGUACCCAAUGGCGUCAAAGUAACCUAUUUGCCAGAGAUCAAAAGUCCGAUAUAUAUGCAACCGCCAACGCCAUAUGGCAACGGUGGCGUAAAAGUGUCGUAUUUAGAGGAACCACUAUUUGGCCCGCCAUUGAUGCAACCGCCCCCGGCAAUAGAAAGGGAUACGAUAUCCAAACCGAAUUAUAUAAGGGAUAUGAAGAUACCACCACCUUUCGUUUGA